GAAUAUCUCCCUCUACAGCAGGAAUCUCUCCCUCUACACCAGGAAUCUCUCCCUCUACUCCAGGAAUCUCUCCCUCUACUCCAGGAAUCUCUCCCUCUACACCAGGAAUCUCUCCCUCUACUCCAGGAAUCUCUCCCUCUACACCAGGAAUCUCUCCCUCUACACCAGGAAUCUCUCCCUCUACACCAGGAAUCUCUCCCUCUACUCCAGGAAUCUCUCCCUCUACACCAGGAAUCUCUCCCUCUACUCCAGGAAUCUCUCCCUCUACACCAGGAAUCUCUCCCUCUACACCAGGAAUCUCUCCCUCUACUCCAGGAAUCUCCCCCUCUACUCCAGGAAUCUCUCCCUCUACACAGGAAUAUCUCCCUCUACACCAGGAAUCUCCCCCUCUACUCCAGGAAUCUCUCCCUCUACACCAGGAAUCUCUCCCUCUACUCCAGGAAUCUCCCCCUCUACUCCAGGAAUCUCUCCCUCUACACAGGAAUAUCUCCCUCUACACCAGGAAACUCUCCCUCUACACCAGGAAUCUCUCCCUCUACACCAGGAAUAUCUCCCUCUACAGCAGGAAUCUCUCCCUCUACACCAGGAAUAUCUCCCUCUACUCCAGGAAUCUCUCCCUCUACACCAGGAAUCUCUCCCUCUACUCCAGGAAUAUCUCCCUCUACACCAGGAAUCUCUCCAUCUACACCAGGAAUAUCUCCCUCUACACCAGGAAUCUCUCCCUCUACACCAGGACACAAAGGAGAGGAGGAGAAGACAGAGAGGGGACAGGGACUCCAUCAUUCAUCCAUCUUCCCCAAGGCUCCACAGUUGAAAAGGUCAUCAAUCUGUCCAUCCAUCUAUUGAUCGAUCCAUUAAUCCAUUCAUCCCUCCCUCCAUCGGUCAUGAUAUCCUGGGACUGGCUAAGGGGAGCGUCCAUGCUACUGGCGUUCCACGCCUCCGUCUCCAUGGUGAUGAUUGGGAACGGUAACCGCGGUAACGGUACGGCCCCUGGCUGGGAUGGUAUUCUGGAGAAGUACUUUGUUGAAGAGGGGGACAGGUGGCAGGCCAAGCAGAGAGGGAAGAGAGCCAUCACAGAGGCAGACAUGACCGCCAUACUAGAUCUGCACAACAAGCUCAGAGGACAGGUUCACCCACCUGCUGCUAACAUGGAACACAUGGAAUGGGAUACAGAGUUAGAGCGUACGGCAGAGGAGUGGGCUGAGACUUGUCUUUGGGAACACGGUCCGGCUGGUCUGCUCCCCCAGAUAGGACAGAACCUGGGAGCUCACUGGGGAUGGCCACGGCCCCCUACUUCCCAUGUGCAGGCCUGGUAUAAUGAGGUGAAGGACUAUUCCUUCCCUUACCCCCAGGAAUGUGACCCCUACUGCCCCUUUAGAUGUUCCGGCCCGGUCUGCACCCACUACACACAGUUGGUGUGGGCCACCAGCAGCAGGAUAGGCUGUGCCAUCAACAUUUGCUACAACAUGAACGUGUGGGGUCAGAACUUGGCUAAAGCUGUUUACCUGGUCUGCAACUACUCACCCAAGGGGAACUGGUGGGGUCAUGCACCCUAUAAACACGGCACCCCCUGCUCUGCCUGCCCCCCCAGCUAUGGAGGACGAUGCAAGGACAACCUCUGCUACAAAGUUACAGAAUCGCAGAGAUCUCAGGAGGAAACCGAGGAAAACAAUUAUAUCGAACCAGAGGCCCCCAGGAGCCCCCAGAAGCCACGCCCAAGGGCCCCCCAGCCAAAGCCCCCCCCCUAUCCAAGACCCCCGCCCCCCCCACCCCCCACCAGAGGAGCGGAGAGGAAUGCGGUGGUCAAUACACAGCAGAUGUCUCAGCUUGUGACCUGUGACACUAAGCUACGAGAUCAGUGCAAAGGAACCACAUGCAACAGGUACGAGUGUCCUGCCGGCUGUCUAAAGUCCACAGGGAAGGUGGUUGGGACAGUACACUAUGAGAUGCAAUCCAGUAUCUGCCGUGCUGGCCUCCACUCUGGAGUGGUGGAUACAAAUGGAGGAUGGCUGGACGUCACCAGACAAGGCAGGAAGGACUUCUUCAUCAAGUCCAACAAGAAUGGAAUUCAGUCUCUCGGGAAGUAUCAGAGCGCCAACUCUUUUAUCAUCUCCAAAGUAGCAGUGAAAGCUAUCACCUGUGAGACCACGGUGGCUCAGAUGUGUUCAUAUCAAAAGCUUGUAAAGCACUGCCCAAGUCUUCAGAACCCACCAGGAGGAAAGGCAUUCCGGGUGUUUGCUGUGAUCUGAAUGUUCCGUGUUCUGACUGAGUGUUCCAUGUUCUGGCUGAGUGUUCUGUGUUCUGACUGAGUGUUCUGUGUUCUGACUGAUUGUUCCAUGUUCUGACUGAGUGUUCCGUGUUCUGAAUGAGUGUUCCAAAUUCUGGCUGAUUGUUCCGACUGAGUGUUACGUGUUCCGAAGGUCAGGGGCUCCAUCUCUCCUCUCUUACCAAACACAGAAUCAAUCAUCUCUGCUGUCCGUUUGGCUGAAUGGGCCGUGAACACUCACCUCUGCUGUCAAAAGCUGAAAAUGACUGUUCACUAGCCGAAAAGCUGAAAAGGCCUAUUCACUAGCCGCGACGUCAGAGGACGUCUCCACGGAAACUAUAGACAUUUAUCACAGGUACGGGCAUCGCUGAAUGAAGAGGGAUGGGAGAGAGCAAGGCUGAUGCUCAGUGCAGUCCCGUUUCAAUGUUUUAAUGUCAUCUGGUUCAUUUUAUAAACUGUAUAUAUUUGACGGAAUUGCUAGAAUUACUUUAAACUGUAAAGUGCAGUACCAGUCAACAGUCUGGACACACCUACUCAUUCCAGGGUUUUUCUUUAUUUGUACUGUUUUCUACAUUGUAGAAUAAUAGUGAAG